GCCGUUGCUAGGGGCGGCCUAGAGACGGCCCAGCGGCGGCCGCCAUGAUGGCGGCGCUGAGGCCCGGGGCCUUUCUCCUCCUCCUCCUGUCUCCGCCGCUCCGGGCAGCGGAGCCCAGCCCCGAGCCCCCGGCGCCACCGGAGACCCGCGCUGCCGCCGGGGAGCGGCUCCGCAGCAGGCCGGCCCCGGUCACGGACGUUGCCAAGCUGUGCGCUUGUGAUCUGUUGGUGGCACAGUGCGAUGUAAAUUGCUGUUGUGACCCUGACUGCAGCGCAGCAGAUUUCAGUCUCUUUACUGCAUGUUCAGUUCCUAUCGUCACAGGUGAUAGCCGCCUUUGUAGUCAGAAAGCUGCCGUAUAUUCACUUGAUGUUAAAGCAAAUCCACCGGAAAGGGUAUUUCAAUUAAUUGACCACGUCAAUCCCAGUGUUUUCUGCAUUCAUGCUACAAACUAUAAACAAGCACUGUACUUUCCUUCCCCUGAAAUGCCUACUCCUGAAAAUUUUGACGAACUGUUUAAAAAGUUUGGAAGUGCUGCUUUCAGUGCUGAACCUGAGAGCUGGACUCUGGACUCAGAUGCUCCAAAUCCUUCUGAUGCAAAUGAAACUUACAGAUAUGAGUAUGGUGUUCCUGUACAGACAGUGGAUGGAUUCCUAAGGCUGCCUAGUCCUGUUGUCUCCUCUCGGUGCUCUGAUGCGAACCCUGCAGGGUUUUUAGUAAGCCAGGCUACAAAAUGCAUUAGGUCAGUAAGUGUGGGAAAAUGCAGCAACAUUCAAGCGGUCAGUAUGCUGUUCUAUAUCAACUCCAGCAUUUUAGCAGUGCCCAAAUCAAGUCAGAUGGUUAAUAUUACUGUCCAGUCUGUAGUCAUCCAGUCUCUGAAUGGAAUGCGGACUUUACUUAACAGUAAGGAUGUCCUCAGGCACCCUAUGAUUUUGGAUGAACUGUGCAUGAAUGUAGUUCUUGGGGUGAGUUAUCAUAUUACAUACACAGAUGCAGGAGAAAUAAUAGAAGCAGCUGCUUCUUUUGUCUUGGGGGCAAUUAACAAAGAAGCACUUUCAGUACAACAGAGCUUUGAAAUCAGCUUUACUCAGGUAAAUACAAAGCCAGUUCCUCUCAGUGGCAACCCUGGUUAUGUUGCUGGACUGCCUGUAAGAGCAGGUUUCAGGCCACAAGGAUCUGGCAUCAUUCAGAGUACCAACGCAUACGGUCAACUCACCAUUCUGCAAAGUACAUCCAACCAGGACUGCCUCACAGCACAGGGGGGCAGAACCCCAGUGCUAUUUGGUUACAACAUGAUAUCAGGCUGUAAGUUACGAAUUACAGCAGCUGUGAAAUGCCAGCCCUUGACUCAGGCCCUCCUAGAUUUACUGAAGGGACAAAGCUUUCCUGAAUACGUGGCCUCAUUUGGAAAUUCCCAAGCCCAGAAUGUGCAUGACUGGGUGCCAAUAAUUCACCUCCAAAACUCAGAACAGAGCUCCUGCCAAAUACCAGUAUCACUUGAAAUAGAAGUGAAGUGGACUAAAUAUGGAUCCCUAGUCAAUCCACAAGCCAGAAUAGUAAAUGUUACCGCAACAACCACUACCACCACAUUGAAGCAGCUUCCCUCAGGAAGGGAAAGGACUAUUCCUAUACUAAGCUCUGUUGUUUUCACGGAUAUUUCUUCACCUGCAGAGCCAGGCUAUAAAGCUUGGCCCACCAUUAAUGCCAAAUUGCCUUUUGAUUUUUUCUUUCCAUUUGUCUAAGUUAAGUGAUGCUUUCAGAAGAGCUCAGUGACCCUUCCAGCUGGCACUGGCUGGAAUCAAUUGGAGACGCCUGCUACAGUCAACACCUUUUGAAAUUCCCACUCACUGAAAUCUCACUCUUCCACUUGAAAAUACUCUCACCCCAGGGACUUUCUAGUACCUGAAAAAGUUCACAUUGUGUUCAAACAUCAGCCUAGUCCUUUAGAAUUUGUUUUCUAAUUUUUUUUUUUUCUGGAAUCUUAACUGUUCCUAGCAGUCUACUUACCUACGUCUGUUCUUACAUAGUCUAAUUCUUUUAAUGUGUUGAUUUAUGAGCUGUAGAAGGAGAUGACUUUGUAGCUCAGCAGGCUGCAGAUGAACACAUAAAUGGAAGAAGAGAUAAUACAGUAUCAAAAUUCAGAUCUGCUGUUGAGAAUCAGGUAUUGUUUGACGUAAGAUGGCAUGCGCUUGCCUCUAUUUUGGUGCUGAUUUGACUGUCAGCUAAAGGAGUGGUCUGUUGGUAUUUUUGGAAAUGAACGUUUUAUAAAUAAUGAAGUGGCACAAGCAUCAACAGAAAUGAGGAAACUACCAACAACGUGAAACGAAUGGUUGGCAAAGAAGAGACGUAGCGAUGAACAAACAGCUGGUGGAGAAGUGACCUUUUAAGCCCGGAUUCAUAUCACUUGUACUACAAGUUUCUACAAGAUGUUACAAAGAACUUUAUCACAAAAAAAAAAAGGAACUACUUGAAAUGAGUGGUACUUCCUAGAUGUAUAGUUUGUAAAGUUGCAUCUUUAUUAAAUUAUUUUGCAUUUUUUACUGUACAACUGUACAAAAAAGGUCUUACGAAAUCACUG